AUGGCUUGCUGUGUUCCCUGCUGCUGCAGCGUCCCCACCGGCCCUGCCACCACCAUCUGCUCCUCGGACAAAUGCUGCCGGUGUGGAGUCUGCCUGCCCAGCACCUGCCCCCAUGACAUCAGCCUCCUUCAGCCCACUUGCUGUGACACCUGCCCCCCACCCUGCUGUCAGCCUGACACCUACGUGCCAACUUGCUGGCUGCUCAACUCUUGCCACCCAACUCCCGGGCUGUGUGGGAUCAAUGUGACGACCUACGUGCAGCCUGGCUGUGAAAGUCCCUGUGAGCCUUGCUGUUAG